AGCUAUAUUUUGUAAAUCAAGAAUGCCUUGAGAUUAGUUUCCCUAUGCAGAAUCAUUUGUAAUAUCGGUAGAACCAGAUCGUUUCCAAAUUGUGUAUUCGUUGAGCAUUAUAAUGGCCAAAAAUGACGUGGACGUGGAUGUGGACACCUUCCAUGACUGCCGGAGCGAUGACGAGGAGACUCCGGAGUUGGCAGUGGGCGGUGGCGAUGAGGUGAUCUGCAAGCAGGCGCCCCGAUACGACGAUCCCGGCCAGAUUCGAACCGUUCUGGAGCGGGCUGCCACUGCCACCCAGCGACUCCUUAGGUGCUACGGAGGCACCGACUGCGUGCCCACUCGACCCUCGAUGACCCGCUUCUAUCCGGCAACCCUGGAGGUCAGUGCCCGUCUCCACACGGACGACAAGUGUCCCUGUCCCAAGGACAGGCAGUGUAAGCUGAUUGGCGACCCGGUGACCCUGAAGCUGCCCAUCGAACUGAAUCCGGAGAGUGGCCAGGUCAAGGUCAACAUCUUCCAGCCGAAGUCGCUGGCAACCUUCUGCGGCUGCAGUGCUCCCGGAAAGCAGAGCAAGUUCAAGAAUAGAAGGCCCAGUGUGAGGUGGUGCAGCAGGGAGAACGUCUGCCCAGAUUGCCAGGAACCCAGUCAACGCUCGUGAAUUCCAUAACGUGCAGCCACCUUUUAAUGUCCUCAAAGUGAUUGAUUUUUCUCAAAAUUUAUUUAGAACUAAAUUUAAUUAUGUUAAGGCAA